AUGGUAACUCCUAUACUACCCACAAAUCUCGGCCCUAAUCAUCCAUUCUCUCGCUCCCAUAACCUUACUUUCCCAUUUCUGGAUACAAAUAUUCAAAAAAUCUCCUUUCUACAUGGUUUCACCAGAGCAUUCUCUGCCAUCCAUAGCCGCCCUUCUUUUUCACCCUUCUCCGAAACCCUAAUCCGUCGCUUAGUUUUCUCCAUCUUCUUCAAAGCAAAUUUCAAACUGCCUUUCUCCAUUCCAUUUCACGAAUUUUUCUACUCGUUUUCGCACUUUCUCAGAAACCAAGCCGCCUCCACCACUCUCAACACCCCCUCCUCGUUCCACCAUCAAGAAACUCUCUUCUCUUGCUUCCGCUGCCGCUAA